AUGGCCGACGACCUCGACUCCAUCGUCAAGGGCACCGCGUCCCUCCCUGCCGAGAAGGCAGCCGCCCCCGUCACCUCGAGCACCAGCGGCGUCACUCCGUCCUCGGGCAGGCCCAACGACCCUCUCUCCCACGCCCCCUCCUCCCCGUCCAUGAUCUAUCUCAACCUGCUCGUCCUCGAGGCCUCCCUGCGCGCCCAAUACCUCGAGCUCCGCGCCCGCCGCCGCCACCAUACCUUCUUCCUGUCCAUCCUGUCCCUCUGGAUCGUCGGCUUCGGCUACGCCCUCUUCCUCGCCCCGCGCGAGGAUGGCCGCGGUGUCGGCGGCAGCGUCUACUGGGGCGUCGAGAUGAUCGAGAAGCUCUGCUUCAUGGGCGGCAUCAUCACCGCCGCCCUCGUCUGGGCCACGGGCAUCUGGGAGCGCGGUGUCAGGUGGCCCAGGAGAUGGUUCGCUAUCUCCAACCGCGGCCUCCGCGCCUUCAACCUCAAGCUCGUCCUCGCCAGGAGGUCCUGGUGGGCCGAGGCCCUCUCUACCGCCGCCUUCUUCCUUACCUACGGCCUCUUCUCCAACACCGCCGCCUCCUCCUACCAGCACGUCGACCCCGCCCUCCUGCGUGAGGUCGAGAGGGAUAUGGACCUCGCUGGCAGGAGUCACCACCACCAGCCCCUGCCCGUCAUCCUGGGCGGCAGCGGCGUUGGGGCCGGCGGCGACGAGGAGAAGGGCGGUCAUGAGGAGGACCUGGCCCCGGGCGGAGACUACGUGAAGCUGCUCCUGCUGGCCAAGCCCUUCUCGCCCACCUUCAGGGAGAACUGGGAGCUGUACAGGACCGAAUACUGGGAGCGCGAGAACGAGCGGAGGGCGGCCAUCCGGUCCAAGCUCAAGGCACGCCAGCGCCAGCUGAGGAGGUCCUCUGGGGGCUGGUUCUGGUGGAUGCCGUGGGAGAGAGUGGCACCGGCAACAGCAGUAGCAGCAGCAGUAGCAGCCAACACGGAGAGACCACACCACCACGCGCACCCCGAAAAGGUUCACCACGCCGCCGCCGCCCCCCAACACCGCCGGCUGUCGGUCGUCGAGAAGGAGGGCAGACGGUCGCGAAGCGGGAGCAACCGCCGAGGCAGCAUAUCCGGCCACUCUAGCAGGAGCGCAACUCCGGCAGUCGAAGGUGGAAGGGAAGGCAAUGUCAGCCGCAGGUCGAGCAACGCCUCCGAGAAGAAAAAGAAGACGCUGUCAACGUCGGGUCCCAAGCCAGGCAAGAGGCCUGGCGUCGAGUCACGGUCCGUCACACCAGAAUUCCCAUCGCCGCUGGCCAAGGAGAGCAGC